UUCGCCGCGGGGAUCUUUCCGAAUUGCCUCUUUGACUCAGACAUCUUUAUCACUCUUUCUCCUUCUCUCCUUUGGUCCUUACUUACUAUUGCCUCAUUAAUUUCUAUUCACAAUGUCGCCUACUCUCUCUCAAAGAUUCCUGAGCACCCGCGGUGGCUCCUACGGCCUUUCCUUCGAGGAGGUCGUCCUGAAGGGUCUCGCCUCCGAUGGUGGUCUCUUCAUCCCCGAGGAGAUCCCUACCCUCCCCGCCGGCUGGGAGUCGGAAUGGCGCGAUCUCAGCUUCGAGGAAUUGGCCUUCCGUAUCAUGUCCCUCUACAUCUCCGAGUCCGAGAUCCCCAGUGAAGAUCUGAAGGAUAUCAUCAAGCGCUCCUAUGCUACCUUCCGCCACCCCGAACGCACUCCCAUCGUUGAACUUGACGCCAAGCGCAACCUUUACCUCCUCGAACUCUUCCACGGUCCGACCUUUGCCUUCAAGGACGUCGCCCUGCAAAAUCUCGGAAACCUGUUCGAAUACUUCCUGGUGCGCAAGAACCAGGGCAAGGAGGGCAAGGACAGACACCACCUUACCGUUGUCGGUGCGACAAGUGGUGACACUGGGUCUGCUGCCAUUUACGGCCUCCGUGGCAAGAAGGAUGUCUCCGUCUUCAUCCUGUUCCCCAAGGGCAAGGUUUCGCCCAUCCAGCAGGCUCAGAUGACCACCAUCCUUGAUGCCAACGUUCACAACCUCACCGUCGAGGGUACCUUCGAUGACUGCCAGGACUUCGUCAAGGCCCUGUUCGCCGAUCCCGACAUGAAUUCCACCCACAACCUCGCCGCCAUCAACAGCAUCAACUUCGCCCGUAUCCUGGCUCAGAUCACCUACUACUUCUACUCCUACCUCGCCCUGACCAAGACCCCCGGCUACAACAACAAGAUGAGAUUUGUCGUUCCCUCCGGUAACUUCGGCGACAUCCUGGCCGGUUGGUUCGCCAAGCGCAUGGGUCUCCCCGCCGAGAAGCUCGUCAUCGCCACCAACGAGAACGACAUCCUGGACCGUUUCUUCCGCACCGGCGGUACCUACAGCAAGAGCGACAGCAAGGGUGCCGGCGUCAAGGAGACUCACAGCCCUGCCAUGGACAUCCUGGUCAGCAGCAACUUCGAGCGUCUCCUCUGGUUCCUGGCAUACCAGACCAGCGAGGCCAGCACGGCCGACGAGCGUCGCAAGCAGGCUUGCGACAACGUCAGCAACUGGCUCAACCAGCUCAAGACCGAGGGUGGCUUCAGCGUGCCCCCUGCCCUCUUCCAGGCCGCUCAGGCCGAGUUCGAGAGCGAGCGCGUCAGCAACGACGAGACCAUCGCUCAGAUCCGCUCCACCUACCAGUCCUGCUUCCCGUCCAACCUGGGCCCUGGCAGUGCCAAGAGCUCCAAGACGGGCGGUUACAUCCUGGACCCUCACUCCGCCAUUGGUGUCGCCGCAUCCCUGCGCUCCAUCGAGCGUAACUCUGGCGUUAGCCACAUCUCCUUGUCCACGGCCCACCCGGCCAAGUUCGCCAGCGCCGUCGACCUGGCCCUCCGCGGCCAAGACGGCUAUGACUUUACUGAAGUCCUGCCCCAGGAGUUCAUCGGCCUGGAGGACCGCGAAAGCCGCGUCACUGCCGUCGGCCCCGGUGCUGGCUGGGAGCAGGUGCGCGAGAUCGUCAAGGCUGAGGUCGAGCAGGAGUUGGAGGGAAAGCGGUAGGCACUUAAUCAUAUAACCUGCAUAUCACAUUUAGUUAUCGUCUUCCUUUUGCAAUGUCUGUUUGACCAAAAAGCCAAGCUACGUCGAUGAUAUCUCACGAUCUCCAUGUUUCUUUCUCCCUUUACUUAUAUCUUACAUCCUGUGCAUCUUUGGCUCUUCCCAUAGAUCAUAUUAUAUCAUACCAUACAAUCAAGAUAGAUGUU